AAACCACCACGCCCUUUACUAAUAUCAACACCUCCACUGCUGCCAUUGCUAAACCUGUGAGUGAGGAUUUCAAAGAAGGGAAACUCCGGAAAGCAAAUAAACCUGCAGAGGAGAAACGCCAAACUCCCCAAACUGAGUCACAUACAGGAGAAAGUAAAACUGUCAUUAGCUCGACUCCCUCUGUGCCUGUAAUUGCUGCUGAAGAUGUACAGCCUGUCACAGCGAAAGCAGCUUUACAAGAGGGGGCUGCCCCGCAGGAAAAAGGUGGUGUCAAGAAAGAUAAAACGCCACUACCAGAAAAAGCUGCUAAAGUUUCUGCUGUGGUGCAGAAAGAGCCCGACUCAUCUCAGCAUGUCAUCGCCCCUGAAGUGGAGAAAGAACCCAAACAGGUGACCGAGGGGAGCGCAAAAUCUAAAAAGAAGAAAAAGAAGUCUCCUGGUGGCUUGACUCAGAGUGGCAGUACUGAAGAGCCAGCUGACUCGAGUGUGGAGCCAAAAUCACCUUCAGCACGCAAGUCCCAGGAGGAAGUGGCAGAAAAUACCCCCCAGCCCACAGCAAAGGCUAAAUCAGAACCUUUAACUGCGGCUUCUAAUAAAAUAACUGCAGAGACAAACAAAACUGAGACCAAAGAAGACACUGACCGGGAGCAAAUAAAAGAAGUGCCUAAACAGAAGGAGAAGGUUUCAGUGAAAACUUCCCUUCCUUCAGACCAGAUGCCUUCAGCGCCCCCUGUGGAUGUAAAAGCAAAAAACAAACCCGAGGAAAAAACUGUGAGUAAGAUUACCCAAGGACCAUUACGCCCUGAGGGAGCGAUGGAGCCAGUGAAGUCUGAGGGAACGACCGUCACCACAGUGGAAACGGUGACGGUGCAGAAAAUCAGCCAAGUGGAAGUCAUGCAUGCAGGCCCUAAACCUGCAGACCAAACCCCGGCGCUGCAGUCCGAGCAGAAACCCACACUUGAGCCUAAAACCCUUAUGAGUACCGUGAAAGCUGCAGAGGAACCCUCGAAGGGAAAAAAGAAGGGGAAAGGGAAAAAACAGGCUAAGACGCCACAGUCAGAAGCCUUAAACACAAAGCCUGCCUCUCUGCCUCAAGCAGAAUCAUUGCCAUCCACUAACAUUACAUCAUUGCCCCAGGCAAAUGUAAAAGACAGCCCUGUCACGGCCCCUGGACCGGCAGAAACUAAUGUUUCUCCAAAGAUGACUCCUGAAAGAAUGUGCAGUGAGGAAGUCAGGCAGGCUGCAGCUGUGCUCUCUGAGGCCCCGGCAAACAAAGGGGAGGUGGAGCCAGCAGAAAAAAUCAAGCGGGAGGUUCCGAAACUAGAAACAUCCUCCACUGCGAGGGAAGCACCCGCAGCCGGAGAAUCGGCGUCAGCAGCGGCGGAGGCAGCUGCAGCUCAGACACAGGCCAGCCCCCUCGUCAAGCCGGAGGAGCCUCCCAAAGUUGCACAACAUUCGGCCACUCAGGCAGCAGAGAGCAGCACAGGGGAAAGGAUCUCUGUUUCGAAGGCCUCGAAGCAGAGAGGAGAGAAGAAGAAGGAUUUGGAGGAGGACACACCCUCUCCUGCCGUGCCCGUAUCCCGGCCUGACAAGCCUCACCUUGGGGACACCUGUGGAGACGGCUCCGACCUAGACGAGGCCGCCAUGAAGAGGAAAAUAGUGGUGGUGGAGGAGAUAGUGGAGGUGAAGCAGCUCAUCAGCCCCGAGGCAGCCGGGGGGCAGUCGCCACCUCCUCCACCUGUACAACCCGAGGGCGAGGAGGAGGAGCUGGACAUGGAUGUUCUGGAAGAAAUUGCAAUAGAGCGGGCGCUUUUGUCGGGCGCGCCGGCCGCCACCAUACAGGGGGCUUCGCCCGAGGCCGACUGGGACCACUCGCUGGAGGAGCCCGAGGAGAAAACAUGGCCCAACUUCAAUGAAGAUGAACGGGAUCGCGUACAGAAAAAGACUUUCACAAAAUGGGUGAACAAGCAUUUGAUGAAGUCGCAGCGCCACGUGGGAGAUCUGUACGAAGACCUUCGAGAUGGACACAACCUCAUCUCGCUGCUGGAGGUCCUCUCUGGGGAAACGCUGCCCAGAGAGAAAGGCCGCAUGCGAUUCCACAAGCUGCAGAAUGUCCAGAUAGCGCUGGACUUCCUCAAACAUCGGCAGGUCAAGCUGGUCAACAUCAGGAAUGACGACAUCGCCGACGGGAACCCCAAGCUGACCCUGGGGUUAAUAUGGACCAUCAUCCUCCACUUCCAGGUCUCCUCCUCUAUCUCAGACAUUCAGGUGAACGGCCAGUCGGAGGACAUGACGGCCAAAGAGAAGCUGCUGCUCUGGUCCCAGAGGAUGACGGACGACUACCAGGGCAUCCGCUGCGACAACUUCACCACCAGCUGGAGGGACGGCAAGCUCUUCAACGCCGUCAUACACAAGCACUACCCCAGGCUCAUCGACAUGGGCAGAGUGUACCGACAGAGCAACCAGGACAACCUGGAGCAGGCGUUCAGCGUGGCGGAGAGGGACCUGGGCGUGACGCGCCUGCUGGACCCCGAGGACGUCGACGUGCCGCACCCUGACGAGAAAUCCAUCAUCACAUACGUGUCGUCCCUGUACGACGCCAUGCCUCGGGUCGAAGUGCACGGCACCAGAACCACUGAGCUGGAGCUGCGCUGGCAGGAAUACUACGAGCUGGUGACUCUGCUCCUGCAGUGGAUCCGACACCAUGUCAUGAUCUUCGAGGAGAGGCAGUUCCCCGCCAGCUAUGAGGAGAUCGAGCUUCUUUGGCGUCAGUUCUUGAAAUUCAAAGAGAGCGAGCUGCCAGUGAAAGAGUCUGACAAGAACCGCUCCAAACACAUCUACCAGACAUUCGAGAGUGCCGUGCAUGCCGGUCAGGUGAAGGUCCCUCCAGGCUACCAUCCCAUCGACGUGGAGAAGGAAUGGGGUCGACUGCAUGUGGCCAUCCUGGAGAGAGAGCGGCUGCUCCGGAUAGAGUUUGAGAGACUCGAGAGGCUCCAGAGGAUUUACAGUAAAGUCCAGAUGGAGUCUGGAGCGUCUGACGAUCAGCUCAACCACCUGGAGGCGCUGCUGCAGACGGAUAUCCGUCUGAUGAACGCAGGGAAGCCUCCUCAGCACACGGCAGAAGUGGAAAGAGAGCUGGACAAGGCAGACAACGUGGUCCGCCUGCUGUUCAAUGACGUGCAGGUUCUCAAGGAUGGGCGCCACCCUCAGGCUGACCAGAUGUACCGCAGAGUUUACCGUCUUCACGAGCGCCUGGUCAACCUGCGCAGCGACUACAACCUGCGUCUGAAGAACGCGGUGUCGAUCUCCACCAUUUCCCUGAAGCAGUCGGCCCAGCAGCCCAGCAUGAAGCCGCGGCCCGAACUGGACGACGUGACCCUGCGCUACGUCCAGGACCUGCUGGCCUGGGUGGAGGACAACCAGCGCCGCAUCGACGAGUCGGAGUGGGGCUCCGAUCUGCCCUCCGUGGAGUCCCAGCUGGGCAGCCACCGAGGCCUGCACCAGACCGUCGAGGACUUCAAGUCCAAGAUCGAGCGGGCCAAGGCCGACGAGAGCCAGUUGUCACCCAUCAGCAAGGCCGCAUACAAAGAAUACCUGGGAAAACUGGACCUGCAGUACGGAAAACUACUGAACUCCUCCAAGUCCCGCCUGAGGAACUUGGACGCGCUGCACGCCUUCGUCAGCGCCGCCACCAAAGAGCUGAUGUGGUUGAACGACAAAGAGGAGGAGGAGGUCAACUACGACUGGAGUGACAGGAACACCAACAUGACGGUCAAGAAAGACAACUACUCGGGUCUCAUGCGAGAGCUGGAGCUGAGGGAGAGGAAGGUCAAUGACAUCCAGGCCUUGGGAGACAAACUCGUCAGGGAUGGACAUCCUGGAAAGAAAACAGUUGAGGCCUUUACCGCCGCCCUGCAGACCCAGUGGAGCUGGAUCCUGCAGCUGUGCUGCUGCAUCGAGGCUCAUCUCAAGGAAAACACAGCCUACUACCAGUUCUUCGCUGAUGUGAAAGACACUCAGGACAAGAUGAAGAAGAUGCAGGAGAACAUGAAAAAGAAAUACAGCUGCGACCGCUCCACGACCGCCACGCGCCUGGAGGACCUGCUGCAGGACGCCGUGGACGAGAAAGAGCAGCUGAACGAGUUCAAGAGCCAGGUGACCAACCUGAACAAGAGAGCCAAGUCCAUCAUCCAGCUGAAACCACGCAACCCCACCACCUCCAUCAAGGGAAAGCUGCCCGUCCAGGCCGUCUGCGACUUCAAGCAGCAGGAGAUCACCGUCCACAAGGGAGACGAGUGUGCUCUUCUCAACAACUCCCAGCCCUUCAAGUGGAAGGUGUUGAACCGCUCCGGACACGAGGCGGUGGUGCCGUCGGUCUGCUUCCUGGUCCCUCCGGUCAAUAAGGAGGCCGUGGACAGCGUCUCCAGUCUGGACUCGGGUCAUCAGCAGAUGGUGUCCAUGUGGCAGCUGCUCCACACGGACAUGAAGAGCCUGCUGUCCUGGCAGUACCUGAUGAGGGACUUCACACAGAUCCGCUCCUGGAACAUCACCAUGUUAAAAACCAUGAAGCCGGAGGAGUACCGUCUCAUCAUAAGGAACCUGGAGCUCCACUACCAGGACUUCAUGCGCGACAGUCAGGACUCGCAGCUCUUCGGCCCCGACGACCGCAUGCAGGUGGAGGACGACUACACCAAGUCCUCCCAGCACUUCGAAGGCCUGAUUCGCUCCAUGGAGAAAGGUCAAAAGGACGAGACUCUGUGUAAGAACUACCUCUCCGAGGUGAAAGAUCUGCGUGUGCGCAUCGAGGACUGCGAGGCUCGCACUGUGGCUCGCAUCCGCAAACCCGUGGAGAAAGACCCUCUGAAGGAAUGCAUCCAGAAAGCCUCGGAUCAGCAGAAAGUCCAUGUGGAGCUUGACGGCCUCAAGAAGGACCUGGAUAAGAUGUCUGUGAAGACGAAGGAGGUCUUGUCGUCCCAGCAGUCCGCCUCGGCCCCCGUGCUCCGGUCCGAGCUUGAACUCACCGUGCAGAAGAUGGAUCAUGCCUAUAAUCUCUCCUCUGUCUAUAUGGACAAGUUAAAGACGGUUGAAAUGGUCAUCAGGAACACGCAGGGUGCAGAGGGAGUUCUCAAGCAGUACGAGGACUGUCUGCGCGAGGUUCACACUGUGCCCAGUGACGUCAAGGAAGUGGAGUCCUACAGAGCAACGCUCAAGAAAAUGCGAGCCGAGGCCGAAGGCGAGCAGCCAGUGUUCGAUUCCCUGGAGGAGGAGCUGAAGAAGGCCUCCUCCGUGAGCGACAAGAUGUCCCGCGUCCAUAGCGACCGGGACGUGGAGCUGGACCACUACCGCCAGCACCUGUCCGGCCUCCAGGACCGCUGGAAGGCCGUGUUCUCCCAGAUCGACCUGCGCCAGAGAGAGCUGGAGCAGCUCGGCCGCCAGCUGGGCUACUACCGAGAGAGCUACGACUGGCUGAUCCGCUGGAUCGGCGACGCCAAGCAGCGGCAGGAGAAGAUCCAGGCCGUGUCCAUCACCGACAGCAAAACUCUCAAAGAACAACUCGCCCAGGAGAAAAAACUGCUGGAGGAGAUCGAACAGAACAAAGACAAAGUGGAUGAGUGUCAGAAAUAUGCUAAGGCAUACAUUGACACCAUCAAGGACUAUGAGCUCCAGCUGGUUGCCUACAAAGCUCAUGUGGAGCCUCUCACUUCUCCCUUGAAGAAAACCAAACUGGAUUCUGCCUCUGACAAUAUUAUCCAGGAAUACGUCACGCUGAGGACGCGCUACAGCGAGCUGAUGACUCUGACGAGUCAGUACAUCAAGUUCAUCACCGACACGCAGCGCCGCCUGGAGGACGAGGAGAAAGCUGCAGAGAAACUCAAAGCUGAAGAACAGAAAAAAAUGGCCGAGAUGCAGGCUGAGUUAGACAAGCAGAAGCAGUUAGCUGACGCUCACGCAAAGGCCAUUGCUGAAGCUGAGAAAGAGGCCGAAGACCUGAAACGCAGAAUGCAGGAAGAAGUGAGCAAGAGAGAAAUCGCUGCUGUAGAUGCAGAAAAGCAGAAGAGCAAUGUCCAGCAGGAACUGUUUGAGCUCAGAAACCUCUCCGAGCAGCAGAUCAAGGACAAAUCCCAGCAAGUGGAGGACGCUCUUCAAAGUCGCUCCAAGAUCGAAGAGGAAAUCCGCCUCAUCAGGAUUCAGCUCGAGACAACAGUGAAACAGAAGUCCACCGCCGAAUCGGAACUCAAGCAGCUUCGUGACCGAGCAGCUGAAGCGGAGAAAUUCAGAAAGGCCGCCCAAGAAGAGGCUGAGAAGCUCCGGAAGCAGGUCAAUGAAGAGACCCAGAAAAAGCGCUUGGCGGAGGAGGAGCUCAAACGUAAAUCCGAAGCCGAGAGAGAAGCCGCCAAGCAAAAACAAAAAGCUCUGGAGGACCUCGAAAACCUGAAGAUGCAGGCUGAAGAGGCUGAAAGGCAAGUGAAGCAGGCGGAGAUUGAAAAGGAACGGCAAAUCCAUGUCGCUCAGGAGGCGGCUCAGAAGAGUGCCGCCGCAGAGCUCCAGAGCAGACACAUUUCUUUUGUGGAGAAGACGUCGAAGCUCGAGGAGUCACUCAAACAAGAGCACGGCGCUGUGGUUCAGCUGCAACAAGAAGCAGCACGACUCAAAAAACAACAGGAGGAUGCAGAAGAUGCCAGAGAAGAGGCAGAAAAAGAGCUCGAGAAAUGGAGACAGAAGGCCAAUGAAGCCCUCCGCCUCAGACUGCAAGCCGAGGAAGAAGCUCACAAAAAGAGCCUCGCUCAAGAAGAGGCUGAGAAACAAAAGGAAGAGGCAGAGCGCGAGGCCAAAAAGAGAUCUAAAGCUGAAGAAUCUGCUCUGAAACAGAAAGAAAUGGCAGAAAAUGAGCUUGAGAGGCAGAGAAAGGUUGCUGAGAGCACAGCUCAGCAAAAACUCGCUGCCGAGCAAGAGCUCAUUCGACUUCGUGCAGACUUUGACAACGCAGAGCAGCAGAGAUCCCUCCUCGAAGAUGAACUCUACCGCCUGAAGAAUGAAGUUGCUGCGGCUCAGCAACAAAGGAAGCAGCUGGAAGAUGAGCUGGCCAAAGUCAGGAGCGAAAUGGACGUGCUCAUUCAGCUCAAGUCUAAGGCAGAGAAAGAAACCAUGUCCAACACUGAAAAGAGCAAACAACUCCUUGAGGCGGAAGCUGCCAAGAUGAGAGACCUGGCAGAAGAGGCGAGCAAGCUCCGAGCCAUCGCUGAGGAAGCCAAACACCAGAGACAAAUCGCUGAAGAAGAAGCAGCUCGCCAGAGAGCAGAAGCUGAGAGAAUCCUCAAAGAAAAACUUGCUGCAAUAAGCGACGCCACACGCUUGAAGACAGAAGCUGAAAUCGCCCUAAAAGAGAAAGAAGCAGAGAAUGAGCGACUCCGUCGGCAGGCUGAAGAUGAGGCUUAUCACAGGAAAGCCCUUGAAGACCAGGCCAACCAGCACAAGCAGGAGAUCGAGGAAAAGAUAGUCCAACUCAAGAAGUCAUCUGAAGCCGAAAUGGAAAGACAGAAGGCGAUAGUAGAUGACACCCUCAAACAGAGACGGGUGGUUGAAGAAGAAAUCCGAAUCCUCAAGCUGAACUUUGAAAAGGCAUCUUCUGGAAAACUUGACCUGGAGCUGGAAUUGAAUAAACUGAAAAACAUCGCAGAUGAAACUCAACAGAGCAAGCUCCAAGCAGAGGAAGAGGCAGAGAAGCUUCGGCAGCUUGUCCUUGAAGAGGAGAAACGGCGAAGGGAAGCCGAGGACAAGGUCAAGAAGAUCGCUGCUGCAGAGGAGGAGGCGGCCCGACAACGCAAGGCAGCCCAGGACGAGCUUGAACGUCUGAAAAAGAAAGCAGAAGAAGCUCGAAAGCAGAAAGACGAGGCCGACGAAGAGGCUGAAAAGCAAAUAGUUGCAGCUCAGCAAGCAGCCCUGAAAUGCAGCGCGGCUGAGGAGCAAGUUCAGAGCGUCCUCGCUCAGCAGAAGGAAGAUAGCAUCAUGCAGAAGAAGCUCAAGGAUGAGUACGAGAAGGCCAAGAGGCUUGCCAAAGAGGCCGAGGCUGCCAAGGAGAAGGCAGAGAGGGAAGCAGCUCUCCUCCGUCAGCAAGCAGACGAGGCGGAGCGACAGAAGCUUGCUGCUGAGCAGGAAGCUGCAAACCAGGCCAAGGCCCAGGAAGAUGCUGAGCGCUUGAGGAAGGAAGCCGAGUUUGAAGCCGCUAAGCGUGCUCAAGCCGAAGCCGCAGCAGUCAAGCAGAAGCAACAAGCCGAUGCUGAAAUGGCAAAGCACAAGAAGCUGGCCGAGCAGACCUUGAAGCAGAAGUUCCAAGUAGAGCAGGAGCUCACAAAGGUUAAGCUUCAGCUCGACGAAACGGACAAGCAGAAAGCAGUGCUGGAUGACGAGCUGCAGCGCCUCAAGGAUGAGGUCGAUGACGCCGUAAAACAAAAAGCCCAGGUGGAGGAGGAGCUUUUCAAGGUCAAGGUUCAGAUGGAGGAACUUCUCAAGCUGAAAAACCGAAUCGAGGAGGAAAAUCAGCGCCUCAUCAAGAAAGACAAAGAUAACACACAAAAAUUCCUUGCAGAAGAGGCUGAAAAUAUGAAAAAGCUUGCCGAGGAUGCUGCCAGACUCAGCGUGGAAGCCCAGGAGGCCGCACGCUUGAGACAGAUAGCAGAAGACGAUCUGAAUCAGCAACGCGCUCUGGCAGAGAAAAUGCUCAAAGAGAAAAUGCAGGCCAUACAAGAGGCGUCUCGGCUUAAAGCCGAGGCAGAGAUGCUCCAGAAGCAGAAAGACCUGGCUCAGGAACAAGCGCAGAAGUUGCUGGAGGACAAACAACUCAUGCAGCAGCGCCUGGACGAGGAGACGGAGGAGUUCCACAAGUCGCUGGAAGCAGAGAGGAAGAGGCAGUUAGAAAUCAUAGCCGAAGCCGAAAAACUGAAACUCCAGGUUUCGCAGCUCAGUGACGCCCAGGCCAAAGCUGAAGAAGAGGCGAAGAAGUUCAAGAAGCAAGCCGAUACAAUUGCUGCCCGUCUUCAUGAGACUGAAAUUGCCACCAAAGAGAAAAAUACAAUAGUGGAAGAGCUGGAAAUCAAGAGAAAAAAUACCAGCAAAGAGGCUGACGAUUUACGCAGAGCUAUCGCAGACCUAGAGAACGAGAAGGCUAGGCUGAAAAAGGAGGCUGAAGAACUUCAAAAUAAGUCUAAAGAGAUGGCUGAUGCACAGCAGAAACAAAUCGAGCAAGAGAAGACCAUGCUCCAGCAGACAUUCCUGACUGAAAAGGAAAUGUUGUUGAAGAAGGAGAAGAUGAUUGAAGAUGAGAAAAAGAGGCUGGAGAGCCAAUUUGAAGAAGAAGUUAAAAAGGCCAAGGCUCUCAAAGACGAACAAGAACGCCAGAAACAGCAGAUGGAGGAUGAGAAGAAGAAACUCCAGGCCACCAUGGAUGCCGCCCUCAAUAAACAGAAAGAGGCAGAAAAAGAGAUGCUGAACAAGCAGAAAGAAAUGGAAGAACUGGAGCGGAUGAGACUAGAGCAGGAAAGGAUUCUUGCUGAAGAGAACCAGAAACUGCGAGAGAAACUGCAGCAGCUUGAAGAUGCCCAGAAAGAUCAAGAAAAUAGAGAAGCCAUCCAUCUAACAACAGUUACAACAACAAGGACAAUAUUCAAUGGUCAAAAUGCUGGCCUUUCCAUCGAUGGCACGGAGCAGAAACCUGAUCCAAUGUCUUUUGAUGGAAUUCGUGAAAAGGUACCUGCAAGUAGACUUCAUGACCUUGGACUUUUGCCCAAGAAGGAGUUUGAUAAGCUGACAAAUGGCAAAACCACUGUUCAAGAGCUUGGUGAAACUGAAAAUCUUAAAAGAAUUCUCAAAGGAAAGAACCCUAUUGCUGGUGUUCUGACACCAUCCAAUCAAAAAAUGUCAAUCUAUCAAGCAUCCAAAGACAAGAAAAUUACUCCUGGCACAGCUUUGAUCCUUCUUGAAGCACAAGCAGCCACUGGUUAUAUUCUAGACCCUAUUAACAACCAGAAACUCACAGUCAAUGAAGCUGUCAAAGAAGGUGUGAUUGGUCCAGAGCUUCACAACAAAAUGCUGUUAGCUGAUAGGGCUGUUGUUGGGUACAAAGACCCAUACACUGGAGGGAAGAUCUCUGUCUUUGAGGCCAUGAAGAAGGGUCUGAUUGAACGUGAUCAUGCCAUCAGGAUCCUCGAGGCUCAACUUGCAACUGGUGGCAUUGUUGACCCAAUUAAUAGUCAUCGUGUCAAAAAUGAAACAGCCUACAAACAGGGGCAGUACGAUUCAGAAAUGAAUAAAGUUAUGAGCAGUCCCUCUGAUGACACAAAGGGGUACUUUGACCCAAGCACUCAGGAACCUUUGACAUAUUCUGAGCUAAUGGCAAGGUGCACUACUGACCCAGAAACCGGCUUGCUAUUCCUGCCAAUUACAGACAAAGCUGCUCAAUGCUCAAGCAUAUACACAGAGGAGGAGACCAAGGAUGUGUUUAGCAAAACAACUGUGUCAGUGCCAUUUGGAAAAUUCAAGGGGAAGACUGUUACCAUUUGGGAAAUCAUUAACUCUGAGUACUUCACUGAAGACCAGAAGAAGGACCUUCUUCGUCAGUACAAAACAGGAAAAAUCACUAUUGAAAAGAUCAUUAAGAUUGUGAUAACUGUCGCUGAAGAGAAAGAGAAGAAGAAUGAAAUCACCUUUGAUGGGCUCCGUGCACCUGUCCCAGCUUCUGAACUCCUGGAGUCCAAAGUCAUUGACAAAGGUUUGUACAACAAACUUCAGAAGGGCAAUGUGACUCCCAAAGAGGUUUCUGAAAUGGAACCUGUCCACAAAGCACUGAAGGGUACAAACUGCAUCGCAGGUGUUGUCAUUGACUCAUCCAAGGAGACGAUGUCCUUCUAUCAAGCUAUGAAGAAAGACAUGAUGAGGCCUGGACCUGCCUUGAAUAUGCUUGAAGCCCAAGCAGGUACAGGUUAUGUGGUCGACCCUGUACAGAAUCAGAAAUACACCGUUGAUGAGGCUGUCAAAGCAGGUGUUGUUGGUCCCGAGCUGCAUGAGAAGCUUCUGUCUGCAGAGAGAGCUGUUACGGGUUACAAAGAUCCUUACACCGGGAAGACGGUGUCCCUGUUCCAAGCCAUGAAUAAAGAUCUUAUUCCUAAAGAGCAAGGAAUCAGAUUGCUUGAUGCCCAAAUGACCACCGGUGGCAUCAUUGAUCCAGUGAAGAGCCACCGUAUUCCCCAUGAUGUGGCUUGCAAAAGAGAAUACUUCAAUGAUAAAAUGAAGCAGACUCUGAGCAAUCCCACUGACGACACUAAAUGCUUCUUUGACCCAAACACAAAAGAAAAUGUCACAUACUCACAGCUCUUCAAAAGAUGUGUCACUGACAAUAAAACUGGUCUCCAGCUCCUGCCUCUUUCCGAUGAUGCAAUCAGUGCAAAGGAGGAGCCGUCAUUCACUGAAGCCCAAACAAAAGAGGCUAUGACUCAGGCAACUGUAGAGCUCGACUCUGGACCAUUCAAAGGAAGAAAGAUGACCCUUUGGGAAAUCAUCAACUCUGAAUAUCUCACUGAGGAACAAAGACUUGACCUGCUCAAACAGUUCAGAUCAGGAAAGAUUACCAUUGAAAAGAUAGUCAAGAUUAUGAUCACCAUUGUAGAUGAGAAAGAAGCUAAAAAUCGUGAGCAAUCGAGUUUCAAGGGUCUCCGAGCUCCUGUGCCUGCAGACUCUCUGUAUGAUUCCAAAAUCAUUGACAAGCCAACCCUUGACCUCCUUAAACAAGGAAAAACCACACCGAAAGAAGUCAGCAAAAAUCCAGACGUCAACAAAUACCUCCAAGGAUCAGAUAGCAUUGCUGGCAUCUACCUGGAACCAACAAAAGAGAAAAUAAGCAUUUAUCAAGCUAUGAAGAAAAAGCUCCUCCGAGACAACACUGGUCUCUCACUUCUGGAGUCCCAGGCUGCAAGUGGUUUCAUGGUCGAUCCUGUGAACAAUCAAUUCCUGUCUGUUGAUGAGGCCGUAAAAUCAGGCCUUGUUGGUCCAGAACUUCAUGAAAAACUUCUUUCUGUAGAAAAAGCUGUAACUGGCUAUAAGGAUCCAUUCACAGGCAACAAAGUCUCCCUCUUUGAAGCAAUGCAAAAAGGCCUCAUCCCAAAAGAGCAUGCCAUGCCCAUGUUGGAAGCACAGAUGGUCAGUGGAGGCAUCAUUGACCCAGUAAAUAGCCAUCGUGUACCUAUUGAUGUUGCAUUCCAGAAGAAGAUUUUCAGCAAAGAUGUUGCCAAGACACUUUCUGAACCAUCUGAUGAUAACAAGGCUUUUGUAGACCCUGAAACAGAUGAAAAUGUCACCUACAAACAACUUAAAGAUAAAUGCCAACGAGACAAAGACACAGGCUUAUUCAUUCUACCACUCUCUAAGCCUCAGUCACCCACUGUUGUGGAGAAGACAUACCUUUACACAGAGGAACAAACCCAGAGUGAAUUGGCUAAUACCCAAAUCGACAUACCCAUUGAGGGACUUGCAGAGAAACCACUGAAUCUGUGGGAAGUCAUGAAUUCAAAUUUGCUUCCAGAUUCAGAAAGACAGAAGCUCAUGGAUGAAUAUCGCUCCGGUAAAAUCACAAAGGAGCGGAUGAUCAUCAUCAUCAUUGAAAUCAUGGAGCAAAGAGAAAUUGUCAGAAAUGAAAGUCCCCACUCCUAUAAGACAGUAAGGAGAAGGAUAACUAUUGAUGAACUGUACAACGCUCGAAUCAUUGACUUGGAGACAUACAACCUUAUCAAACGAGGCAAAAGGGAUAUCCGUGACAUCAUGGAGAUGACCAGCGUCAAACAGUAUCUCUAUGGCACAGGUUGCGUUGCUGGUGUCACAACAGACUCAGCUGCCAAGAUCAGCAUAUACCAAGCCAUGAAGAGAGGUUUCAUGAAACCAGAAAUAGGCCUCAGCCUUCUAGAAGCACAAGCUGCUACAGGAUUCAUCAUUGAUCCAAUAAAGAAUGAGACGCUCACUGUUGAUGAGGCUGUUCGUAAAGGUGUUGUCGGCCCCGAAAUCCACGACAAACUUCUUUCAGCUGAAAGAGCUGUGACAGGAUACAAAGACCCCUACAGUGGAAAGACCAUAUCACUUUUCCAGGCCAUGAAGAAGGAUCUUGUUCCAGAGGAUUAUGCUCUGAAAAUGCUUGAGGCUCAAACUGCCACUGGUGGCAUUAUCGAUCCUGAAUUCCAGUUCCACCUCCCAGCAGACAUUGCCCUGCAAAGGGGUCAUAUCAACAAAGAAACCAAUGAAAAACUGACUGAUGAUGUUAAGGGAUUUGUUGACCCUGUCAAUGAAGAGGAAGUGUCUUAUGCAGAGCUGCUUAAGAGAUGCAGGGUGGAGGGAGGAUUGCGUCUCCUAUCUCUAGGAAACAAGAGGCUAACUUUCAAGGGUCUGAGAAAACAAAUCACAAUGGAAGAACUGCUCCGCUCACAAAUCAUUGACCAGCAGACUGUUUCAGAUCUUAAUAGUGGCCUCAUUUCAGUGGAAGAGGUUAGCAGUAGGCUAUCAAGGUACCUUGAGGGCACCAGCUGUAUUGCUGGUGUAUUUUUGGAACCCUCAAAAGAACGCCUUUCUAUUUACCAAGCCAUGAAGAAGAACAUGAUUAGGCCAGGCACUGCAUUUGAGCUUCUUGAGGCCCAAGCAGCCACAGGGUAUGUGAUUGAUCCCAUCAGAAAUCUCAAGCUCACUGUUAAUGAGGCUGUGAAAAUGGGAAUUGUCGGCCCAGAAUUCAAAGACAAACUUCUCUCUGCUGAACGUGCAGUGACAGGAUAUAGAGAUCCUUAUUCAGGAAAGACAAUCUCUCUGUUCCAGGCAAUGAUGAAGGGCCUCAUCUUGAAAGAUCAUGGUAUUCGCCUCCUAGAAGCACAGAUUGCCACUGGUGGCAUCAUCGACCCAGAGGAAAGUCACCGUGUGCCUGUUGAGGUGGCUUACAAACGUGGCUUCUUUGAUGAGGAAAUGAAUGAGAUCUUGUCCGAUCCUUCUGAUGAUACCAAAGGCUUCUUUGAUCCCAACACAGAGGAAAACCUGACAUACCUCCAACUGAUGGAGAGGUGUAUUACUGAUCCCGACACUGGUUUGGUCCUCCUGUUACUCAGAGAGAAGAGGCGGGAAAGAAAGACCUCUUCCAAGUCCUCAGUUCGCAAACGCAGAGUUGUCAUUGUAGACCCGGAGACAGGCAAAGAAAUGACCGUAUAUGAGGCCUACAGGAAGGGACUUAUUGACCAUCAAACCUACCUUGAGCUUGCUGAGCAGGAGUGUGAAUGGGAAGAAAUCACCAUGACUUCAUCUGACGGCACUGUAAAAUCCAUCAUCAUUGACAGGAGGUCUGGAAGACAGUAUGAUGUUGAUGAUGCUAUUGCACGUGGUCUUAUUGACCAAAACGCGCUUGAUACCUACAGAGCUGGAAACCUGCCAAUCACUGAGUUUGCUGACAUGCUUUCUGGAAACAUGGGGGGUUUCCGAUCUCGCUCGUCAUCAUUUGGUUCCACCACUGGUUCUACCUACUCAGCUCCCAUGAGCCCCAUACCCUCCAUUAAACCACCUGCAAUUGUAUGGAAUGAUCCAACAGAAGAAACUGGCCCCAUUGCUGGAAUAUUGGACAUAGACACACUGGAGAAGGUGUCUAUCACUGAGGCAAUACACAGAAACCUGGUGGACAACAUCACAGGUCAAAGAUUGUUGGAGGCACAAGCCUGCACAGGAGGAAUAAUCGACCCCACAAGUGGAGAAAGAUUCCCAGUCACUGAGGCCACAGAAAAAGGGCUUGUCGAUAAAAUUAUGGUCGAUCGCCUCAACCUGGCUCAAAAAGCCUUCCAUGGCUUUGAAGAUCCCAGAAGCAAAGUGAAGAUGUCUGCUUCUCAGGCACUGAAAAAGGGCUGGUUGUAUUAUGAGGCUGGCCAGCGCUUCCUUGAAAUUCAGUAUCUGACUGGUGGACUGAUUGAGCCUGACGUUGAAGGCAGAGUAUCGCUGGACGAAUCCAUCAAGAAGGGCACAAUCGAUGCCCGCACUGCCCAGAAACUGAGGGAUGUUGGCGGUUACUCCAAAUACCUAACGUGUCCAAAAACCAAACUGAAAAUCUCAUUCAAAGAUGCCAUGGACAAAAGCAUGGUGGAAGAGGGAUCUCACCUGAGGCUUCUGGAGGCCUCGUCACAGUCCAGCAAAGGCGUCUACAGUCCCUACAAUGCCAGCGGCCCUGGAUCAGCGUAUGGCUCUCGGACUGGCUCCCGAACCGGCUCCAGGACCGGCUCCAGGAGAGGCAGCUUCGAUGCUGGCUCCGGCUUCACCCUGAACUUCUCAUCCUCCUCUUUCACAUCGUCAUCCAACUAUAACCGCAGAUUCUAAAUGCCUACAGUAGUUCUGUUUCAAAUAACUUGUGACUAAGAACCAACAAUACUAAUGCACUUUACAGCUGCAUUUCUAACAGGAAAAAAGAAAGUUACAUUAGCAACAAAAACAUAAUUUAUUUAUUCUUCCCUUGCAUGUAGUCACAAGAAUUGCCUAGGUAUUUUUUUUCAUAUCUAACAUCUGUUUUAACACGUGCCUUGUAUAUGGAGGAAUAACCAAGCCUUGCUGAAGACAUACAGUUUUAAUUACUUAUAAUACUGAUCACCAAGUCAGAUUAUAUUUUUCAAAGCAAAGCAUGACAUUUCUGCUGAUUUUUUAGUGACUUCACUUUACACUUGUUAAAAAGAUGUAUACUUGUGCUUUUUGAAACUAAUAUAUAGUGUAUGUAAUGUCAAGCAGAAAUAUUUUUCCAGUAUUUCUUAUUUCCUUUGGAAUUCAAGAAUAUGUCUAUUUUUUAUCAUUUUUGACAGUACUAGUGAGAUAAUGAAUGUCAACACAUUGUUUUUAACUACAAGAUAUAGAUGCCUUCAAAUUAUUGAAUGUAUAGAGCAUAGACAGAACGUGUGUUUUUCUGCUAUAAGUUGCCUGGGUAUCUGCACACUGUGCCCAGUCAAAUGAAGCACACAAGACGAGACACUACAAAACAAAUCACUGCAAGAAUGCACCAUUGAAAAGAAGUGCCAGAAUUGAAAUUAUGCAGACUUUUAUUUUUAAACCAGGUUCAAACCUGUUUUUACUUUGUGCUUUUUAUCAUUUUCAUUAAGUGUACUUGUGCAUCCUUUAAGUUCUUGCAAAGUUUUUUUUCUUCUUUUCUUUUUUUAAUUUACACACUCAAAAUCUUUCACUCUCAUAUUCAACUGAGUGUUCCUGGUAAAUCCCAAGAUGAUGUCAGACUCCAUCCUGCUCCCCCCACAGAUCUGCCUCCUGUCAUUUUGAUUCUUUUGCCUCAGUUUCCCACAAGCCACCACCAGAUUGCUGAUCCUCACUCGGCCAGAGUGUUCACUCCCUACACCGUGGAUGGAUUUCCGGGUCCUCACACAGCGCCACAGAUCGUCCAUUGAGUUUGUCCUUUCUUCCAUUGUCCAUCACACUUGAAGAAAGCUGAGGCUGAGUCAACAUCAUCUUGGGAUGUACUUCUAGGAACAGUCUUCAUUCAUCACAUUUUUUUUUCUUUUAUUUAUUUCUUGAAUGCUGUUAGUGGUAUUUAUGUUCUGAUAUUUGUUAGCUACCACUCCCCAAUGAUACAUACUUCAUUGAAAUUGGCACAUCUUUUAGCAAAUAGUCCACAAAGUGCAUAUUUUUUAAAUUGUGAAUUGAAUGCACACAAAAUUUGAAAGAUUGAUAUAUUUGAUGCAUCGCCCUACUGCAUGAAUGUUUGUAUUAUAUUCACUUCACUCCUUUCAGUUGACGUUUUGCGCGAUAUUUGAAUUGCAACUUGAAAAUCAACUCAAAGCUUUAUUUUUCUUAUAGUUAUUUUUCCACAGCAGGUUUUUCUGUCAUGCAUCUUUCAGGCAUUUUACCUUUGUAAAUCUUUGUUUUCAUGUUUUUUUUGUUUUUUUUUUUUUUUGUUUUUUUUGAUAAUAUGAAUUUGCCUUGCAUGUUAAACUAACUUCACAAAGGAUAAUGGGGGGGGUUUAAAAUAAAAACAGCUUUGCGCUGAAUUUCUUCGUUGCAGUUUAUAACAUCACCGAUUAACACAGGUUUUACUUUAUGGGGAGAUGUUGCUUUUAAUGAUAUGGUGAGUUGUAUGUGAACAUAACACUAUGUUGUAAAUAAAUAUGCUCUCAAG